AUGGUCACCGAUUACUUCUCUGACAAUGAGGUUUUCAUCACCAAUCAACCAUUGCCCUCGCCUGCAGGCACUCCAUAUCAUUCGAUGUCCCGGCGAACUUCAAGAUAUGGCACGCCAGCAAGCGAACUCUCUAGCUCACCAGCCCCCUUCCCGUCAGACACGCAGUCUGAGUUUAACGAUGCAGCCAAUAACGAGAACAUUUCCAUCCUCGAUCCCCGUCGAUUUACUCCCACCCUUCACGCGAACCUAGUAUCUGAGAUAUUGAAUCUGCGGAGAGAACUAGACUCGAAGCACAAGUUCAUCGAAGAUCUCGAAACCAAUCUUCACACUGUGCGAAACGAGAACGAUACACUGGCGAAGCAAGCAUCGUCAUCCGCCAAAGAAACUCGAGUGGCCAAGCGCCAGCUUCAGCAUUUUGAAAAUGAGACCACAGCUGCUUUGGAAGAAAUCGCUGGCGAUAGAGACAAAGCACAGGAAUCCAACGUGGAUUUGAAACAAAAACUUGAAGCUGCACAGAAGAAACUGCGCAGUCAGGACGAUGAUUCGACUAUGGUUCAUGACAUGUGGGCGCGUGAGAAGGAGGUGUGGGCAGAACAGAAGCAAUCGCUCGAGCGAAAAGUGAACAUCUCUGAAGGCCGUUUGAAAAUGCUCCUAAACGAGAUUGCUUUGCAGGAAGCUGCCCAAGAGGAGGCUGAAUUGGAGGCCGAAGGCGAGGAUGCGAGGCCCAACAGUCGCAUCGGUCCUGAAAGCGACGCAGGCAGCAUAAACUCAUCACCACGACGAAGACCGUCAACUCGGGUCGGACGACAUUCAAGAAACAUGAGCAGCAGUAGCUACAGGAGUAUUGGACGCAAUUAUCGCAUGUCUUUGAUCAGCGCCGAUGGGCAAGGCCGAGGGAAUGGAAUUAGCUUAGCGGACGAGCUCAUCUUUGACGAAGAAGAGGAGGACCUUGAAGAAUUAGAGCUUGACUCUGAUGACUUCCCUGAAAACGAGAUGCGAGCAAGAAGGAAUCUCGAGACACGGCAAUCGAUAUGCCCAGACGACAAGGCGAAACGCAUCCUCGGAUUAAGCAACAACUCUGCAAUCACUGGAGAGCAUGGGCAAUCGAACAACCCAGAAGAAACAUCCCAGUCGACUGUCACCAUGACGCCCAGAGGGAUCACGUUGAUUUUCCCACCAACAAGGCCGCAAUAUAUUGAUACGGGUGUACAACCGUCGCCUCCUCCAUCUCCCAAACGCAUACCCAUGGUCGAGGCUUCAUCGCAGACUACCGAAACACCAGUUCAUACGAAACCACACGAUAGUUCAUCGACCGCUGCAGAGGUCGAGGCUAAUCAAAGUCGAAAGCGUACCUCCAUGCCGCCAGUCACUUCAGGUUCACCACUGAGUAUCAGCCUUACGCCUUGUAUGACGUCCAGCUCCGUGCAAACAGUCGAGCAUCCACCGAGUCCUCCUGCAACCCCAAAGGUCAUUGAAACCGUUCCUGCAUCGCCUGUCUCGUUCGAAUUCAAGGCAGAACUUAUCUCAACUUCCACUCAGACAGAACUUCUUGAAGAGCCAGAGGUCACAAGCAAAAGGGCUCCGCCACCAGCGUCAGUAUCAAUCCCGUCCAUCGCUAUACAUGCGCCAACGUCAGCUCCGUCAUCCCCGAAAGGAGCUCCGAUCCUUCCGCCAGGUACAAAAACUACAUCUACGCAGACAUCGAAUGAUCUCGCAACGCCGAUGCGAUCAUUUGGCAUGCAGACUGAGCCAAUCAGGAUUGAUAAUCGCUCCAUCAAGCUUCCCCCACACCUUCUACCUUCUUCAAUUUCUUCUCACCCUGGCACUCCUGAGCCUCAAGGGGACCGCCAAUCGAUGAGCAACGACACUGGGAAAGAUGCCUAUUUUUCUAUUCCCGAUAACGUAGAACCAAUCCCUAGAAGAUCGCUAGCUCGUCAAGAUCUCAAGUCUCGGCUUGAGCAGACAGUGGAAGAUAGGGAUGAAAAUCGCUAUGAGAACAACAACGGCGGUCGUUUGACUCAACAGCACCAAACCGAGAUACUCAGCAUGCCAUUCCGUACAAGCAGUCUGUUCGCUGGGUUUGAUGGCCCAUCUUCUGAUGAAGAAGAACACGCUGAUGAUAGUGACGACGAAUUCGGAGUUCCAAUGUUUGCCACUCCUGUUUUCUCCUCACGCAUUGCAAAGAACAGGCGCAUAGUCAACCCUCCUACACCGGUUCCAGAAGAUACGGAAGCAGAGAUAGUCUCAAGGCCUUCUGAAGACUCCUUCGUCGCUGAACGGCACGUGGCCGAUCGCAACUCACUCGAAAGGCCAGCCAAGAUCGGAAAACCUGCGCGGACUUCGUUAAGCCGUCAGCCGAGCAUUCGGCGAUCUGCCAUGAUCCAGAAUGGCACUGCGACACACAUGCGGUCUCGUAGCCCAAGUCAGGCUAGCAUUGGAUCUGUUAAUCACGCAGCACGACCGCCUUUUCCAGUGCCUGCGCGCUCAAGUUCACGCAACAAGCCCAUGAGCAAGAGUGAGGGUUCGCACAGCCCGACGCCCCGCGGUAACGGUUCUCAGGCUGGUCGUCGCCCAUAUAGUGCUAAACAUCAGCGCAAGGAAAGCUUGCGAAAAGUGCGGUCAGCGGCUGUGGUGUCGAAGCCCAUUCGGGUCCGAAGUACAUCGCCGGCUCUUCCGUCUACUCCCAGCAUCCCUGAGACUGACUCAAUACCCCCCCUUCCGAGUGACGCUGUCAGUACUCGGGGCUAUGGUCAUCGACCUCAACCUUCUAUCAACACUAUUUAUACUUCCAAUGGUUCAGUCGCUAGUUCAGGGACUCAAGCUAGUGUUGUUGACGCGAUUGCUGCGGCCAUGAUUGGCGAGUUCAUGUGGAAAUACGUGCGCAAGAGGAAAGCCUUUGGAGGACCAGAUACACCCCUAGACGUCAGUCGCGCCGCCGAGGAGGCCUCUCUGGCAAACAACGGGGUGAGACACAAGCGAUGGGUAUGGAUCUCACCGUAUGAGCGGGCGAUCUUGUGGAGUAGCAAGCAACCAACUUCUGGCUCUGCUCUCAUGGGUAAGAGUGGACGCAAACUGAUCAUCCAGUCUGUCCUUGACGUUGUAGACAACAACCCAGCCCCGAAGAACGAGACUGUCUUCAACCGGUCGAUUCUCAUUCUCACUCCUGCACGUGCAUUGAAGUUUACAACCACAACGCGGGAGAGGCACUACCUUUGGUUAACGGCACUAUCGUUUCUGGCUCAUUCGAGCUCUCCUAUCCCUGAUCUGAACUCGAUGCCACCUAUUCCACCGCCGGUCGAGGAACUCCCGCAGCGUACGCAAGGAGCAACACUUCGCCGCUCUCGCGUUCAGGACUCGGUCCGUCUAGCCAAGGGCAGAGCAAAUCCAAUCUCCACACGAUAUGCAUCGCGAAACGAGCCCAUGCCCAGUCUACCAUCUUUGGCUGGGUAUGAGGAUGCAGCCGUUUCCGAAUCAGCUAGUCCGCCAGCUAUUCCUCGUGGUCCAUUCCACGGCAGGAAACGAAGCUCUACAGGCCCCAGUCCCCUCCCUCCUCCCAGCAUGCCGAUCCGUAGCUUCUCUCACCAGCACGUGCCAUCCGUGUACUCCAACGGAUCGUCGGACAUGUACAGCGCUAUGCAUCCGCCUUCCGCACCAUCUUCCCUGUAUAACCCUACUACCGGCGUCACCAGCUCGCGUACCUCCGAGGCCAGCACUGCGACCCGCCAGCACUUCCUCAACAAUAUGGGUACUAUGCGUAUGGAAGCUUUCAUUGACAACACCUUGGGCGAGCCUACGCAGGUCGGCCGUCGGAGGGGCAGCAGUCAGUGGAGUGCAAGCACCAGGGAUCAACAUAUCCGGUCUGGAGGCAUAUUCGACGACUUUGAGUCUCACGACCCUUUCCGCGGCUUCUAG